AUGGUCAAGCUCGCCUUUGGCAGCUGGGGCGACUCCUUGAGCUGCGGCUCCAUUAGGGCCUACCUGGCGGAGUUCAUCGCCACACUCCUCUUCGUGUUCGCCGGCGCCGGCGCGGCCGUGUCCAUCGGUGAGUCGCGUAGGGAGAGAGAGAGACGCGGCCAUGGCCGAGCUUACGUUUUACCUGACGACCGUCGCUCUCCGCAGGCAAGCAGACGAGCGGCGCCGCCGUUGACCCCGCCAGCCUGGUGGCCGUGGCCCUCGCUCACGCCCUGGCGAUGUUCGUCGGCGUCUCCGUGGCGACCAACGUCUCCGGCGGUCACCUGAACCCCGCCAUCACCCUGGGCCUAGCGAUCGGCGGCCACAUCACCGUCCUCACUGGCUUCUUCUACUGGGUCGCGCAGGUGCUCGCCUCCAUCGUCGCCAUCUUUCUCCUCAAGUACGUCACCGGCGGCUCGGUGAGUACCCUUCCUGUAAACACACAGCGAGAGAGAGAGAGAGAGGUUUUACCCACAUUCUUGUAUCUCUGGGCAGGCGGUCCCCGUCCACAGAGUCGCCGCAGGGACGAGCGAACUUGAGGCGGUGGUGUUCGAGAUCAUCAUCACCUUCGCGCUGGUGUACACAGUCUACGCCACGGCCGCAGACCCCAAGAGAGGGACACUCGGGACGAUAGCGCCCAUUGCCAUCGGUUUAAUCGUCGGCGCCAACAUCCUCGCCGCCGGCGUCUUCACCGGCGGGUCGAUGAACCCCGCCCUCUCAUUCGGACCGGCGAUCGCCAAUUGGGACUUCGCCGGCAACUGGGUCUACUGGGUCGGUCCUCUCAUCGGCGGCGCACUGGCUGGGCUGGUCUACGGGGGGAUCUUCAUCGGAUCAUACGAGCAGGUCGCCGCGUCCAGCGACCUCCCCUGA